CUGCAAAGAAAAAUUGAAUUGUGAAUAUGUGAAGAGAAAGUGUGUUAAAAAAUCCUUGCAUGCCUCAAAUUAUCAUGUUACCUAAAUAGUGAAAAAUGUCCUCGUAUUUCCCAAAUUGCCAAUGUUAAAAUUUAUAGGAGUGUCCUGUGUUCGAAGAAUAUAUAGUUAAUUUAUACAAAAUCAGAAUUUGUAUUCCUGUCACAUGACAGCAUCGGAAUUUCGAAGUAGGGAUUUGCAGAAAAAAAAAUCCUCUAAAUUUUAUUAGAUUUCAAUUGAAGUUGCUUUUGAUCUCCUGCAAAAGCUGAUAAUUUUGCAAUGGUAUGAAAGAUUUGUGAUACGAAUCCGAUCUAAUAGACAUGGACGGACAGGUGGGCGAUGAUAACAAUGGUGGACAAGAUGAUUUCGGAUCGUUAUUCGAAGGGAUGGUGCUGAUGACGCCCUCCCAAGUUGAAGAAACGCCACCUUCGCAAAAUCAACAACAUCCAUUGCCCGAUAAUGAGCCGCCCAAUACUGUAAGUCAGCCCCUUGAUGAAAAUCUCUUCUCUGAUCUUAAUCUUUACUCAAUCAGCGAAAACCCAGUUCAUGAAAAUCAGAACUCUUUAAAUUUGGAUUUAAAUAGAGAAAAUCAAAAUAACAGAAAGGGUUUGACAUCUGCAUCAACAGCCACAUCCACAUCCCCGUCUUCAUCAUCUUCGUUGGUUAAUACAAGGUCAUUGGAGAUUUCUGGACCCAAGCAUGCAUCCCGAAGGAAAAAAAGAAGCUUUAAGAUUGGUUACGGGAGGGAUGAUUUUGUCGAUGAUGGAUCGCAAAAUGGUGUCGGUGAUGGCAAUAAUGAUCAUGGUUAUGCUCAUCUUGAUAAUAACAAUUUAUCUAGUGUUGAGGUUCAAAUGUCUUCUCAAGGCCAGGCAGAUGUUAGUACCGGAGGACUGCAAGGGCAAUUAUUGCCAGUUCAAAUUGAUGAAUCAAGCUCAAAAGCCAUUGAUGAAAUUGAAUUAUCUAUACCUGAAAAGAGUCUUGAUUCUGCUGAAAUUGAAGAAGAGGCAGAUCAGAGGCCCUCUCAAGACGAUUCGGGGAGCUCAAUUCAUGUCCUAGAGAGGGAGGUAGUUGCAGAGGAGAACAGAGGGAAUGAUGUGAAACGGAGUGGUGUAGUAGCUCAAGUAACAGGCCACGAUGCUGUAAUAUUGCAUGAUGAAGAUACCGUCCAAAUUGAAAAACAGAGUAGUCAGGAAGCUGAUUCUGAUACCACGGGAAAGGCUGAGCAUGCACCCACUAGUAUAGAGGCUGAAUCUGAAUCAGCAGAAGUAUUUCUGAUCGAGAAGAAGUUGGAUGAUGUUAAGGUUCAAAUAUCCAGCAAACUGAAGGAGCUUCACGAAAGGGCGGCGUCAAUAUCUAUGUCCAGGAAGGUAGCAGCACAGAGGAGGAGACAAGCAGCCGAGGAAGUAAAUGUUGCAUCUAAUAGGCAUAAGGAACUUGAAAAGGAAUUGGAGGAGGCAUGUGAAAGAGAGGAUUUUGAAAGGGCAGAAACUCUUAGUGAGAGUCUCCUUGAUAUAGAGAAGUCAAAACAGGCAGCAAUUGAUGUGUUCAGAAGUGCUGAGGCAGAUUGUGAUUCGAUGGCUCUAGCAAUGCAGGAAAUACUGGAAGCACAGGUUCAGAUAGAGGAGGAAGGCAUUAAACUGCUUGAGUGUUUACAAAAGGAUGCAGAAGCUUUUGCAGCUGAUCUCAUCAAGAAGGCAGAGAAUAUGGCCGAGAAGGAAAUGGAGAAAUGGGUACUACAGAAAGAGGCAUUGGAGCUACAGAAAAUGGAAGUUGAUUUUGAAACGAAGGUUAUCGAAGAUGCAGAUGAGAAACUCAAAGAAUCAAUAGAUGAUUCUGUUAGGGAUGACAUUGAAGAGAAAAAAGAACUUUCCAAAAAACGAGACUCACUGAUGAAGGAGCUACAAGAUUUACUUGCAUUAGUGAAAGCAAAGGAAGAUGAGAUAUCUGAAAAUGACAGUAAAAUACAAGAUGUUGAGAAUAGGAUUUCUGGUAUGGUAUCUAAAUUUCAAGAUGAGUGUGCAGUAAUGAAAACGAAGUCUGAAACACUAAUGUCAAUACAAGGCCAGUUGGAAUCUAACUCUGAAAUUCUAUCAAUGAAGAAAAUGGAUCUUGACAAAUCUCUUGCCUUGGCUGAAACAAAGAAGGUGAAUCUAAUUAAGUUAGCUGGUGAUGCUGGAGAGGAAGCAAGGGUGCUUCAUGAUUUGGUGGCUCUGAGGAAGUCAAUAGCAUCAUCCUUUAUGGAGUCCAGGGAAAAUAAAGUGAGGCUUGCAAAGAAGGAGCAGCAAAUCUCUGAAGAAGUUGAAGACUUAAGACAAGAGGUUGCAGCUGCAAGAUUAUCUCUUCAGGAGCUUUCAUCUGCCAAAGCAAAUCUCAAUCAAGAGAUUACUUCUAUGAAGCAAAAGAUAUUGUUUAUUGAAAAAAGGGGCCCAGAGUUAGAAGCAGAAAAGAAAGUAGCAGCUGCAGCAAGAAAUUUCAAGGAAGCCGGGCGAGUUGCUGCUGAGGCAAAGAAAUUAAGCAUAGAGAAGGAUACUGUCACCAAUAACAUGGAGAAGGCUUUGUCAGAUUUGCAGAAUCUGGAAGAGGAAAUAAAUGGGAAAGUUACUGCAUUACAAGAGGCUGAAGAUCUUAUCAUGGUAAAGGAAAGAGAGGCAGCAAAGGCAAGAUGUGAGAGACUUCGACUAGUUGCUGCUUCUGCAAGGGAGGAAUGGUCCACAGCACUUGAGGUUGAAGAUCUUGAAGAAGCAGGAAAUUUGCUCGGAGAGGCAGAAGCUGCAGAUUCUGAAGCUGAUAAGCUUCAAAAGGCUUGCAGCUUUGAUGGGGAGCAGUUCAUGAAGAUAUCAAAACAAUCUAUUUCUGUUGCUACAGCUAGUACUCUCAUGGGGAAGCAGUUAACAGAGAAAAGUUCUUGUGUUCAAACUAAUGUAGAAUGAUCCAAAAGUGUUUCGCUGAAAGUGGUCAGCUUGUUUUUCUUAGUAUCAUAUGGGUGGUCACCAAGUUGGACCUUCCAAUAGUUGCAAUCCUAUUUGUAGUCUAAAAUUCAUUUUUCCAGUAGAUAAAAAUUUUAGAAUUUGCUUUUUUUAUUUAGAGUUUCUUUGUCUCCAUUGCAUAUGCUUCAUGUAAUGUUCUUGUAGCAGAGUUUGUAUUUUGAGGAAUAUAAAGCAAUUACCAAUUCUUUA